AUGAUGAGUGCAAACUUUGAGGAGCUGUUCUACAAUGUUUCCAAUGCAGUGGAAGAGUUAUUUUUGGAAGCGAAAACACGGAUUGCCACACAAACUCCUUCCGUAAGUCCCACAGGCCCUCAGGUAAUCAUCCAGCAACAACCGUUGAAAGCACCAAUUCCAUCUUUUGAUGGAAGCUAUGAUUCUUGGCCGAAAUUCAAGGCUAUCUUUCAAGACUUAAUGGCUAAUUCGGGGGAUACAGAUGCCAUUAAACUGUAUCAUCUCGACAAGGCGUUGACUGGAGAUGCCGCUGGAGUUUUAGAUGCAAAGAUUCCGAGUGAAGGCAACUAUCAGCAAGCUUGGGAAAUUUUAUCCGAUCGGUACGAGAACAAACGGGUACUAGUGGAAACUCACAUUCGUGGGUUGCUGAAUUUGAAGAAAAUGACAUCGGAGUCCCACAAGGAAUUGCGAGGAAUCAUCACCGAAGCCAAUCGACACGUCGAAAGUUUGCGCUACCUACAACAAGAAAUCACUGGAGUAUCGGAGCAUAUAAUUGUUUAUCUGCUUAUUUCUGCCUUGGACAAGGCAACUCGUAAGUCGUGGGAAGCCACUCAGAAGAAAGGCGAGCUGCCAAAUUACAAACAAGUCAACGAGUUCCUGAAAUCCAGAUGUCAGAUUCUAGAAAACUGUGAAGCGGCUUUCCAAACAGCACCUCCAAUUUUCAAAAGCAAGCAGCAACCAACGAAAGUUUUGCCACAGAAGAGCCACACCGUCUCGGCAAUGGCAAGCACACCACCGGUUCCGGCUGCUUCGAAUCAACCAUCCACAUCGAAGCAAAAGAUUCCUGCCAUCAUAGAGCCACCUGUGUCUACGACCUGUUCAUCCAACCUAGCCCAAGCGACCAAGACUGUUCUGCUGCUCACCGCAGUGGAUAGCGGAUCCCAAGUGAACUUUGUGACUGAAGAUAUGGCCAACCGUCUUGGUCUCCCAAAGAAACACGCCAACGUUCCGAUUGUUGGUAUCAACGCAUUGCGAUCCCACGCUCGGGAUAAAAUCACCUUGAAGUUCAAAUCCCGAGUUUCAAACUUCCAAGCAAGUCUCGAGUGCCUGAUUACACCGAAGGUGACUGGUACAAUACCAGUGUCGAAGAUCAACACCACACACUGGAAUCUCCCCGAAGGAGUGGUUUUGGCCGAUCCCGGCCUCAAUACGCCACAAAAAGUUGACCUGCUAGUUGGUGCUGAGCUGUUCUUCGAUAUCCUGAAACCGAGCCAAUUAAGCCUAGAUGAUAACCUGCCACAGCUGAGAGAUACUCAUCUUGGAUGGAUUGCAUCUGGUGUCAUCGUCGAGCCACAAAUGUCCAACAUUUCCGUCCAGCAUGUCAACCACACUUCCCUUGAAGAUAUCGAGCGAAUGAUGCAGCAGUUCUGGAAAAUCGAGGAAGUGUCUGAUGUUCCGAAGUUGUCAACCGAAAAAAUGGCUUGCGAAACGCACUUUCUAUCCACGUACCAACGUGAUGAGGGCGGUAGAUUUAUAGUGCGGUUACCAUUCAACGAGAACGCUUCUAAAUUGGGUGACUGCCGUGCACUGGCCCUGAAGAGGUUCUUGAUCCAAGAAAAACGCUUGAUGAAUAACCCAGAGCUACAGGCGCAGUACGUUGAGUUCAUUCAGGAGUACGAGGCUCUCGGCCAUUGUCGAGAGAUUUUUGAGGCCAAUGAUCCACCUAACCAGCAGAAGUAUUAUCUUCCUCAUCACGCGGUAUUACGUCCAUCCAGCUCGAGCAGGAAGUUUCGGGGCGUUUUUAAUGCAAGUGCAAAGUCCUCAUCAGAGCAGCUGUCCUUAAACGAAGUUUUUCAAGUGGGUCCAGUAGUACAGAAUGAUUUGCAUUUCAUCAUUCUUCGCUUCAGAAAAUUAAAGAUUGCGUUUUCCGGGGACAUUGCCAAAAUGUACCGGCAAGUACUUCACGCGCCCCAAGACCGACGUUUUCUUCGUAUUUUCUGGAGAGCCCAUCCAUCGCAACCACUGCGAGUUCUAGAACUUUGUACGGUGACCUACGGAACAGCAUCCGCUCCUUACCUCGCGACAAGGUGCUUGGUACAGCUCGUCGAAGAAGAAGGCGAAUUUUUUCCUUUCGCCGCUCGCAUCGUGAAAGAAGAAACUUAUAUGGACGAUGUGCUUUCCGGUGCAGGCUCGAUAGAAGAGGCCAUCGAGGCUCAACGACAACUACAACAGCUUCUAGGUAGCGGCGGAUUCCCGAUACGCAAGUGGUGUUCGAAUUCUCCUGAAUUUCUCGAGCACAUUCCUAUAGAAGAUCAAGAAAAGAGGGUGCCGUUGGCUGAACGAUUGAUCUCUCCAGUAAUUGUUUUGGCAAAACUCCUAGUGCAACGACUGUGGCAACUUAAGAUCGGAUGGGACGAUCUGGUCGAUGAAGACACAGCGCGACAGUGGAAUGAACUACAAGUCUCGAUGUCUUUGCUAACACACAUCGCCAUUCCAAGAUGCGUCACCUUUGAAGGAGCCAUUGCUCACGAGCUGCAUGGUUUUUCCGACGCCUCCACCGUGGCAUAUGGGGCUUGUAACUACCUGCGUAGCCUAUUUGCCGACGGUUCAGCCAAGCUGCGUCUACUUACCAGUAAGCCAAAGGUAGCUCCUCUGGAGGAACUUUCAAUCCCUCGCAAAGAGUUGCGCGCCGCGCGGAUAUUGACGCGGUUGUUAGUAAAAGUAAUACCUGCCUUGGAUAUGGAACUCCGAGAGAUUGUGCUUUGGUGUGACAGCACAAUUGUCCUGGCUUGGAUCAAGAAGCCACUCAAUCAACUCCAGUUAUACAGUAGCUUCCGUAAGAUCCAACGUGUUAUGAGCUACGUCCUGCGAUUCAUUGCCAACUGUCGAAUCAAGGUCCCGACCUCACGAGAUAAAAAUCCUCAUCAAACCAUCUCUGAACUGCGCUCGGCUACCGAAGCUAUCAUACGCGUGGUUCAACAAGUUCACCUGGCUGACGAAAUUCAUCGAGUCAUCAACAAUGAACCCUGA